GGGAGCCCGAUCAGAUGUGGUCUGGCGUGGACCGAAAAGGUGACGGAUCUUCAUUCCCCUGAGUUUUAUGCCUCAUGUUGCUGUGAUCUUUUUCUGAGAAGACUUCUGUGUGGUGGAAGAGGUGGGCAUCAGUGAGGUCAAGAAGACACUGUGACCUUAGUAUAACUAGCGUUGGCGGUGAAAGACACUAAAGCAUGGCAGUUUGGUGGAGACCAGCUAUCCAUCUCCUUCUCUUCAUCCUAACGAUCCUCUUCCCCUUGGAUGGAACCAUGUACCUCUCUGGCCAGAGGAUGAGGUCUCGUCUUCAGAGGGAUCGACGGAAUGUUCACCCAAACAUCAUACUCAUUCUUACCGAUGACCAGGACAUUGAACUUGGCUCCAUGCAGGCCAUGAACAAAACAAAGCGUAUAAUGAUGCAAGGCGGCACCCACUUCUCCAAUGCGUUUGCCACCACGCCUAUGUGCUGUCCUUCUCGGUCCUCCAUACUGACCGGAAAAUAUGUCCACAACCACCACACCUACACCAACAAUGAGAACUGCUCCUCACCAUCCUGGCAGGCCCACCAUGAACCACAUACCUUUGCUGUCCACCUCAACGAUUCAGGCUACAGAACUGCCUUCUUUGGGAAGUAUCUGAAUGAGUACAAUGGCUCUUAUGUGCCUCCUGGCUGGAGGGAAUGGGUCGCACUGGUGAAGAAUUCACGUUUCUACAACUACAGUUUGUGCCGCAAUGGGAUCCGAGAAAAGCAUGGCUCAGAGUAUCCAAAGGACUAUCUCACUGAUGUAAUCACAAACGACAGCAUCAACUACUUCCGUAUGUCAAAGAGAAUGUACCCGCACAGGCCAGUAAUGAUGGUUCUGAGUCACGCUGCCCCCCAUGGCCCAGAGGAUGCAGCACCUCAGUACAGCAGUGCCUUUCCCAAUGCAUCUCAGCACAUAACCCCAACCUACAACUAUGCCCCAAACCCAGACAAGCACUGGAUCCUGCGUUACAUGGGUCCCAUGAAACCUGUGCACAUGCAGUUCACCAAUAUGUUGCAGAGAAGGAGGCUGCAGACCCUGCUUUCAGUGGAUGACAGUGUCGAAAAGGUAUACAACAUGUUGAUAGAAACUGGGGAGCUGGAUAACACCUACAUCAUCUACAUGUCUGACCAUGGCUAUCACAUUGGCCAGUUUGGACUAGUCAAGGGCAAGUCUAUGCCUUACGAAUUUGACAUUCGAAUCCCCUUCUUUUUGAGAGGCCCAAAUGUGAAAGCAGGUGCCAUUAAUCCUCACAUAGUGCUGAACAUCGACCUAGCCCCGACCUUGCUAGACAUGGCAGGAGUGGAUAUUCCCUUAGAUAUGGACGGCAAGUCUAUCCUCAAGCUGUUGGACACAGAAAGACCAGUCAACAGUUUUACUAGGUUUCAUUCCCACAAGAAGGGCAAAGCGUGGCGGGAUUCUUUCCUGGUAGAGAGGGGGAAGCUUCUGCACAAGCUAAAAGAUGGCAAAGAGGUAGAACAGAAUUCUCUGCCAAAAUAUCAGCAGGUCAGAGACCUGUGUCAAAGAGCUGAGUACCAAACGCCCUGUGAGCAACCAGGGCAGAAGUGGCAGUGUAUUGAGGAUCUCACUGGUAUGCCGAGGCUCUAUAAGUGUAAAGGUAUGGCAGGUCUCUAUGCACCUCGAGCUCUGGGCCUAAUGGCUGCUAACAGGGAACAGAUCUAUGGACCUCAUUCCCCAUCGGGCCACUGUGAUUGUGAACCCACUGUGCCACUCAAGAGGAAGAAGGUGCUCACCAAAAAGAAGUUGAAAUCCAAGAAAAGUUUGCCACGGAAUCGUUGGGCCCGCUCAGUGCCACAGUACCUGGACUCAGAUGUUUAUACUCUGGACCUGGAGAAGGGCUACCAGCUUCUCAACCUGAACACCAGCCUCUUACUAGGCAGAAAGCAAGCUGUGUAUGGAGAGAAUGAAGAACAUAGUGGAAUGGGACCCACAGACACCAGCUUCAACAGCCUUUCGCCGUCUGCUGCUCUUAAAGUCACCUACAGAUGCUCAAUACUGAUGAAUGAUACAGUCAGAUGUGAUGGUGGAUUAUACAAAUCUCUACAAGCAUGGAAAGAUCACAAACUACACAUUGAGCAUGAGAUUGAGACAUUGCAAACAAAAAUAAAAAACCUUAGAGAGGUCAAAGGACAUCUAAAGCAGGUUCGACCGAAAGAGUGUGAAUGUCACCAAAAUGUGUACCAGUACCAGAACAGAGCAAUGUUCAAACUCAAAUCAGCCCGUGUGCAUUCUCUCAACAGAAUGGCCUCCAAAGAUAAGAAACAGUGGCUGAUGAAAGAGCAGAAACGCAGCAAGAAGCUGAGGAAGCUCCUCAAGCGCCUCCGGAAUAAUGAUACAUGCAGCAUGCCUGGCCUCACCUGCUUUACCCACAACAACCAGCACUGGCAGACUGCCCCCUUCUGGACAAUGGGGCCAUUCUGUGCUUGCACAAGUGCCAAUAAUAAUACUUACUGGUGUCUGAGGACCAUCAAUGAGACACACAACUUCCUGUUUUGUGAGUUUGCCACUGGCUUCCUGGAGUAUUUUGAUCUCAACACAGACCCUUACCAACUAAUAAAUGCAGUGAGCACACUUGAUCGUGAUGCAGUGAAUCACAUGCACCAGCAGCUCAUGAAACUUCGCAGCUGCGAAGGACACAAAGAGUGCAAUCUGGAGACAGGUGGAAAAGAAAGAAACUCUCUUUACAAUUACAGGCCCCUUCAUCGUCGAAAGAGGCCAAAAGUGAAGAAACCAUCCUCCAAAUCAAUGGGGCAAAUUUGGGAAGGAUGGGUAGGUUAGAUCCAUCCCUACUCUUCAUUGUGAAAGAUGCACAGAAGUGUGGAAUUAGAGAGUAUAUCAUUGUGGUCUCUCAAUACAGUUGUUCUUAAAGGUGUUCACCAAAAAAUUAAAAUGAUCUCAUAAUUUACUCUCCCUCAUGCCAUCCCAUAGAUGUGUAUGACUUUAUUUCUUCUGUAGAACAUGAAUGAAGAUUUUAGAAGAAUAUCUUCAGCUCUGUAGAUACAAUGCAAGUGAAUGGUGACCAAAAGUUUGAAGGUCCAAAAAGGCAGCUUUAAAUUAAUCCAUAUGACUCCAGUGGUUAAAUCCAUGUCUUCAGAAGAGAUAUGAUAGGUGUGGGUGAGAAACAGAUCAACAUUUAAGUCCUUUUUUUACUGUAAAUUCUCCUCUCUGCCCAGUAGGUGGCGAUAUGCACCAAUAAUGCAAAUCACCAAAAACAAAAUAAAAAGAAUGUGAAAGUGAAAGUAAAGAUUUGAUAGUUAAAAAAAUACUUAAAUAUUGGUUUGUUUCUCACCCACACUUAUCAUAUCGCUUCUGAAAACAUGGAUUUAACCACUGGAGUCAUAUGGACUACUUUUAUGUUGCCUUUAGGUGCUUUUUUUUAGUUCUGGUCACAAUUCACUUGCAUUGUAUGGACCUACAGAGCUGAAAUAUUCUUCUAAAAAUCUUUAUUUGUGUUCAGCAGAAGAACGAAAGUCAUAUCUGGGAUGUCAUGCGGGUGAGUAAAUGAUGAAUAUUUUAAUUUUUGGGUGGACCAUCCCUUUAAUUUUAUAUUUAAAAUAUUUGUUUUCAUCCUCUACAUUUUUGUACAUUUUUUGAAAGACUUUUUGAGCUCUAUCAUGGAUUUUUUUUUGUUUGUUUGUUUUUUUACCAGAAUGGACACUUGAUUUUUUUUUUUUUUUUUCAUGAGCUACUCUCAAGCCAACCGAACACCUAACAUUUUGUGGCAAAACUAAGACAUAUCAACUCCAUUGCUCUCACAAGACAAGAAAACUCACAUGGCUCAUAAAUGGAAUGGACACUUGAAAUCUGUCACAACGUGGUCUUUUUGAAGUGUUCAAUAAACAUACAUUAUAAUUUCUGUAAGACUGUGAUGUGGGACUAUGAUACUGUGUUAAAAUCAGGGCUGGAGUGCUCUGACUUCUCUGCUGCUGUGGACAUUGUAAUAGUACUUUUCAAAGUGAGAAUCCCAAGGAACCCACAGAAGAUUGGAACUUAUGAUACUUUACACACAUUGAACUAUACAAUAUGAUGUUAAUUUCACCUGCAACCUGUGAUUCUGUUCAUGGAAAUGUUUAUUAUCAUUUGAAACAUGGUGCUACUUUAAGUUAACACUUGGAACUGAAUGCUGCAUAUUAAUGUAUUUGAAUGUAUGUGCAAUUAAUGUAAAUAUUAGAAUAUUUUUUAUGGGACUGAACAUGUGGUAGUUUUUCUUUCUAACUUUCCACAAAGUUUAAAAGGAAAACACCAUCAGUCUAACAAAAGGUUUUACGUUCAUUUGAAUGUACUUUUUAAUAACAUACUAAACAGUGUUGGAGAAUUUUUUUUUAAUAAUAGUUACGAAAUGUAAAAUAUCUGUAUAGUUGUCAUCACAAACCAAUACCUUUUUUCUGUUUUCAUUUGCCUUGACAUUAGAAGACAAUGAAGGUGUAGUAGUUGGUGAAUAAAGUGUUAAAUACA